CCUGGCCGCCGUGACGUCGGGUGAGACAGCAGUGUGAGCGCCAGCAGCAGCAAAGUUGUUGCUUCGACGAUGUCGGAGGUCGUGCGUAUAACUAAGAUGCCGGUCGCAACUCUCCCGCCCACGAGUGUUCGCGCCAACUACCCUCUCUUCUCAACAACCGUACACACACUUCCGCGGCUCAUCAAUUGGACUGCCUAGCUUCAGAUCCAAAGAGCUCGCCCAUCUGUCCGUCCGUCCGCCCGUCGUCACUGCCGCCGCCGCCGUGCCCUCCAUGCCUCCCCGCAAGCUCAAGAUCGGCGUCGCCGGCCUCGGCCGCAUGGGCAAGCGACACGCCCUCAACUUCUUCCAGUCGGUCCCGCGCGCCGAGCUCGUCGCCGUGUCGUCGCCAGACCCCAAGGAGAGGGAAUGGGCGCAGGAGCACCUCGGCGCCUCGGGCGUCGGCGUCUACGAGCACUUUGACGACAUGCUCAAGCACGCAGGGCUCGAGGCCGUGUGCAUCGCGUCCGCCACGGCCGUCCACGCGGCGCAGUCGAUUGCCGCCAUUGACGCGGGCAAGCACGUCUUGUGCGAGAAGCCGCUGGCUACCACGCCCGAGGUGUCCCAAACCGUCGUCGACGCCGCCGCGCGCAGGCCAGAGCUCAAGGUCAUGUGCGGCUUCUCGCGGCGCUUCGACGAGAGCUACCGCGACGCCUACGCCAAGAUGCAGGCCGGGCUGAUCGGGCGGCCGUGCGUCUUCCGCAGCCAGACGUGCGACAUGCUCGACCCCUCGGGCUUCUUCGUCGCGUACGCCGAGUUCAGCGGCGGCAUCUUCGUCGACUGCUCCAUCCACGACAUCGACCUGGCGCUGUGGUUCUUUGGCGAAGACGGCGAGAGCAAGGUCCGCUCCGUCAGCGCCGUGGGCAUCACCGCCGUCGAGCCCGGCCUGCGCAAGUACAACGACCGCGACAACGCCGUCGGGCUCAUCGAGUUCGCCGACGGGCGCCUCGUGCACCUGUACUGCUCGCGGAUGAUGGCCGCCGGCCAGGAGGACACGACCGAGGUCAUCGGCACCAAGGGCAAGCUCGGCGUCAACACCAUCCCCGUCGCCAACCUGGUCCGCGUCUAUGAGCCCAGCGGCAUCCGCCAUGAGGUGCCCAAGAACUACUGGGACCGCUUCAAGAACGCCUUCACCCAGGAGGCCAUCGAAUUCUCCGACUGCUGCCUCGACGACACCCCCGUGCCGGUGAAGCUGGAGACGGCGGUGUCGGCGGUCAGGAUCGGGGCGGCGCUGCAGGAGUCCAUGAUUACCGGGCAAAAGAUUUGGUUUAACAAUGGGAAGCGGGUCGAGCGAUCCCAGCUAUAAGUUAUACAGUAUACAUGGUCUUGUGUGCUAGUACGGAGUAGAAGUUGGAUAAUCACUGCGCUGUAAUUCCGCGAUUGAACGCGGGCCUGAUUGACGGAAUCACUACACCAAUCGCGUUCAAGCGCCCAGUCGAGUCUUGAGAUGGGUUCAAAGCCAACCCUCCACAUGAAUUGCCAGGUCAGGGGCUUCAUGUAAUAUCAGUUCGCCGCCGAUGUUCGCAUAUGCAGCUUGCGG